AUGCGGGAGGCUAUUUCUAGCACUGCCAGAUUACUUUUGACACUAAGGUUUUUGGCCACAGGAGAAAGAUACUCACAACUAUCCUAUGGAUUCCGAAUUUCCGUAUCAGCUAUAUCGAAAAUUAUACCAGAAACUAUAGAUGCCAUUUAUUCAGUUCUAAGUGAUGAGUUCUUGAAGGUCCCCAGCAACGCUGAUGAAUGGAAGAAAAUUGCGGAAGAUUUUGAAAAGAAAUGGAAUUUUCCCUUUUGUAUGGGUGCAAUAGAUGGUAAACAUAUUGCAAUCAAGAGCAAACCCGAAUAUGGAUCAUUCUAUUACAAUUAUAAAGGAUUUCAUAGCGUAAUAUUAAUGGCAGUGGUGGACGCAAAUUAUAACUUCAUAUACGUCAAUGUUGGAAGCAACGGAAGAGCAAAUGAUGCAGCGGUUUUCAAUGAGUCUUUACUAGAUGAAGCUAUAAAGAAAAACUUAUUUGACUUUCCUCCUGAUGAAAAUUUGCCCAAUACAGAUACGAAAUAUAUUCCCGCUACUAUGUAA